UAAAAAAACAAAAAAAAAUCUUAAAACUGAAGCAUCUAAAGAGUAACACCAAAUUAAAUUUCCUCAAGGAAGAAGCAGUAUCUAGAUCAAAGUCCUUUGUUAAGAUGAAUGCACAACAAAAUGAGACCAUGAACACAGAAGCAAGUGCCACUCAAACAAGGGUGGAGACGGUGGAAUAUCGAUCCUCGGCCGGGCAACCGCAAGAACAGAGGAAGGUGGAGGUGAUUCACCAGCACCAGCACCAUCCCAACACCACCACCAAAACCAAAACCAGCGGUGGCAUUCUUACUGAAGCCGCAGCCGCCGUGUCGUCUACUCUGGAGUCUGCAAAAGAUGCCUUGUCCAAGAAUUAAUGUCAACUCAGAAUGUCCCAUUCCCAUAGAUAAUUCAGCAUCUAAACAAGUUUGUUUAGGCCAUGUAAAUUUGGCUUGGUUUAUGUUUCAUUUGUAUCUUCUGUUUUUGCUAUGGCUAGCUGCUGCACCUUUUA